AUGUACCUUGCUAAUUUACAAGAAUUAGGAUAUUGUCAUAAGGAUUUUCAUAGUGGAAAUAUAUUGCAAGAUAAAGAAGCUUCUUAUGUUUCAGAUUUUGGAUUAACAGGACCAGCAAAUAAGCAAGGAUCGAAUGACAAAAUAUAUGGAGUAUUACCAUAUAUCGCUCCAGAAGUCUUGAAUGGAGAAUCAUAUACCUUAGCUUCUGACAUAUACAGUUUUGCUUUAGAUAUUUGUAAUGGACUUCGUCCAGAAUUUGGAACAGGAACUCCUGAAUUUUAUAAGAAAUUAGCUUAUAGGUGUAUGAAUGCAAAUCCAAAUCAAAGACCAACGAGUGAAGAUUUAAGACGAAUAUUAAGCUUUUGGUGGGCUCGUAUCGUAUGUAUGUCCUCAAAACCAAAUUUUCCCAUAGAUAAAUGCGAGUUACGUUUGAUAUUACAGUGGUUUUUAUAUAUGGAAAUGUUUAUGGCGGAGGACUUAGGAUGA